CGUACAACCCAAAAUACCCCCACUUUUCUCUCUCUUCUGGUUUUUUUGAUUUUGAGCGUGAUAAAACAUAUCGUACGCAUCCCUCAAUAUCCUUGUUUUGUCAUUUCCUUCCCCACCCCCCCCCGUCUCUCGCCGGCGAUUGGCGUUAAAAAAAAACGAAGGCAAUCGAAAAGGAGAAAAGAAAGAGGAAAGGAAAUCUGCAUUACGGAGAUCGAUAAGGUGUAGGUGUAGAUUGUGAGGGAAACAAUGUCGGAAGAAGAGAAAUUGUUAAAGGAGGCGAAGAAGUUGCCAUGGGAAGAUCGAUUAUUGCACAAGAACUGGAAGGUGAGGAACGAGGCUAACAUUGAUUUAGCUGGUUUAUGCGAUUCCAUUACCGAUCCCAAGGACUCGCGGCUUCGCGAAUUCGGUCCCUUUUUUAGGAAGACUGUCGCAGAUUCGAAUGCACCUGUUCAAGAGAAGGCUCUUGAUGCGUUGAUAGCUUACUUACGAGCUGCGGAUGCUGAUGCUGGAAGGUACGCAAAGGAAGUUUGUGAUGCCAUUGUGGCAAAAUGCCUCACGGGUCGACCAAAAACAGUGGAGAAAGCUCAAGCAGCGUUCAUGCUUUGGGUAGAGCUGGAGGCUGUUGAAGUUUUUUUGGAUGCAAUGGAGAAAGCAAUUAAGAACAAAGUUGCUAAAGCUGUUGUGCCUGCUAUUGAUGUUAUGUUUCAAGCGUUGAGUGAAUUUGGAGCGAAAGUUGUUCCCCCAAAGAGGAUUCUGAAGAUGCUUCCAGAAUUGUUUGACCAUCAGGAUCAAAAUGUUCGUGCAUCCUCUAAAGGUCUAACUCUAGAGCUUUGUCGUUGGAUUGGGAAAGACCCAGUGAAAUCAAUAUUGUUUGAAAAGAUGAGGGAUACAAUGAAAAAAGAGCUGGAGGCGGAGCUUGUUAAUGUUAUUGGCACUGCCAAGCCAUCUCGUAAGAUUAGAUCUGAGCAAGACAAGGAACCUGAGCCAGAAGCUGUAUCAGAAGUCGUGGGUACUGGCCAUUCAGAAGAAGCUGCGGCUGAUGUUCCUCAGGAAAUAGAUGAAUAUGAGCUUGUUGAUCCUGUUGAUAUUUUGAUUCCUUUGGAGAAAUCUGGUUUUUGGGAUGGAGUGAAAGCUGCCAAGUGGUCAGAAAGAAAGGAGGCUGUUGCAGAGCUGACCAAGCUUGCUUCUACAAAAAGGAUAGCCCCUGGUGAUUUCUCAGAAGUUUGUCGGACAAUGAAGAAGCUUAUCACAGAUGUGAACAUAGCUGUUGCAGUUGAAGCCAUCCAAGCUAUAGGCAAUCUUGCACGGGGUCUAAGAGCCAAUUUUUCUGCGAGUUCCCGCUUCUUAUUGCCAGUUUUGCUUGAAAAAUUGAAAGAGAAAAAACCUACGCUGACCGAGUCACUUACUCAAACUCUUCAAGCAAUUCAAAAGUCCGGUUGCUUAAAUCUUGUUGACAUUGUUGAAGAUGUUAAGACAGCUACAAAAAAUAAAGUUCCGCUUGUACGCUCGUUAACUUUGAACUGGUUAACAUUUUGUAUUGAAACUAGUAACAAGGCCGCUAUUCUAAAAGUGCACAAGGAUUAUGUCCCUAUUUGUAUGGAGUGCCUUAAUGAUGGGACCCCUGAAGUGAGGGAUUCAGCGUUUUCAGCUCUGGCAGCCGUUGCUAAGUCUGUUGGCAUGAGGCCUUUGGAGAGGUCACUGGAGAAACUUGAUGACGUAAGAAGAAAGAAGCUGUCUGAAAUGAUUUCAGGUUCAGGAGGCAAUGUGUCAGGUGUUUCGACCUCAGCUACAGUUCAAGCUGUUGGGACCACGUCUUCUGCAGAGACAUCAGAAAGCUCAUUUGUUAGGAAGUCAGCAGCAAGCAUGCUUACAGGGAAGAAGCCUGUGUCAGCUGCUCCUUCCAACAAAAAGGGAGGACCUCUUAAAUCGGUUGCCAACAAGAAAGGAGAUGGAGCUGGGCGGUCUGAAACCUCAAAAGCAAUUGAACCUCCUGAAGAUGUUGAGCCAGCAGAAAUGAGUCUUGAAGAGAUCGAAAGUAGAUUAGGCUCUCUUAUACAAGCAGAAACUGUUUCUCAAUUGAAGAGUACUGUGUGGAAAGAGAGGCUUGAAGCUAUAACCUCAUUGAAACAACAAGUUGAAGGAUUGCAAAACCUUGACCAAUCCGUGGAGAUUUUGAUACGUUUGCUUUGUGCCAUUCCUGGUUGGAGUGAGAAAAAUGUUCAGGUUCAGCAGCAGAUGAUCGAGGUUAUUACUCACUUAGCUUCAACUGCUGCAAAAUUUCCGAGGAAAUGUGUAGUGCUUUGCCUUCUGGGUAUAAGUGAACGGGUAGCAGAUAUUAAAACCCGAGCUCAUGCCAUGAAGUGCCUUUCCACUUUAUCUGAAGCAAUAGGCCCUGGAUUUAUUUUUGAGAGACUUUACAAGAUCAUGAAGGAGCAUAAAAAUCCUAAGGUUCUCAGUGAGGGAAUAUUGUGGAUGGUUUCAGCAGUUGAGGACUUUGGUGUAUCACAUUUGAAACUUAAGGAUUUAAUUGAUUUUUGUAAAGAUAUUGGAUUGCAGUCCAGUGUGGCUGCUAGCAGAAAUGCCACUAUUAAACUUUUGGGUGCUUUACAUAAAUUUGUUGGUCCAGACAUCAAAGGGUUUCUUGCUGAUGUUAAACCUGCACUGCUUAGUGCUCUAGAUGCUGAGUAUGAAAAAAAUCCUUUUGAGAGUGCUUCUGCUGCUCCCAAAAGAACCAUUAAGGCAUCAGAAUCUAUGCCAUCUGCGUCUGGUGGUGGGUUGGACAGCCUGCCGCGUGAAGACAUUAGUGGGAAAGUUACACCUACUCUGCUGAAGAGCAUGGAAAGUCCGGAUUGGAAGGUCCGUUUGGAAUCAAUUGAAGCGGUCAAUAAAAUUUUGGAAGAGGCUAAUAAACGCAUUCAACCAACUGGAACUGGUGAAUUAUUCGGUGCUCUUAAAGGUCGUUUGUAUGAUAGCAAUAAAAAUUUAGUCAUGGCUACUUUGACCACGAUUGGGGGUGUUGCAUCUGCAAUGGGGCCAGCUGUUGAGAAGUCAAGCAAGGGCAUUUUGUCAGAUAUUUUGAAGUGUCUUGGUGAUAAUAAGAAACAUAUGAGAGAAUGUGCUUUGACUACUAUAGAUUCUUGGGCAGCUGCUGUUCAUCUGGAUAAAAUGAUCCCUUAUGUUGCAGCAGCACUGAUGGAUGCUAAGCUUGGUGCUGAAGGGCGGAAGGAUCUAUUUGAUUGGUUGUCAAGACAACUUUCUGGAUUAAGUGAUUUUCCUGAUGCUGUGCAUCUGCUGAAACCAGUUGGCUCGGCUAUGACGGAUAAAUCAUCAGAUGUUCGAAAAGCAGCAGAAGCAUGCAUCACUGAGGUUUUAAGGGUUUCUGGACAAGAAAUAAUUGAGAAGAACCUAAAGGAUCUUCAUGGGCCUGCUUUAGCUCUUGUUCUUGAACGACUGAAACCAUAUGGGGCUUUCCAAGAACCAUUUGAAUCAACAAAAUCAAUUUCAAUGGGGCCGACAUCCAAAACAAGCUCGAAGGUUGGGAAACCUGCUUCCAAUGGUAUCCCAAAACACGCAAAUAAAGCCAUGUCAUCGAGAGUCAUUCCAACAAAAGGUUCAAGGGCAGAGCCAAUGAUGUCCAUUCAGGAUAGAGCUGUUCAGUCUCAAGCUUUGUUGAUUAUCAAAGACUCAAACAAGGAGGAAAGAGAAAGAAUGGUUGUCCGCAGGUUUAAAUUUGAGGAGUUACGAAUAGAACAGAUUCAAGAUCUUGAGAAUGAUAUGAUGAAAUUUUUCAGAGAGGAUUUACACAGGCGUCUGUUAAGCGCUGAUUUUAAGAAACAAGUUGAAGGGCUUGAGAUGCUUCAAAAGGCACUUCCAUCCAUUGUAAAGGAAACAAUUGAAGUUUUGGAUAUUCUUCUGAGGUGGUUUGUUUUGCAAUUUUGUAAAUCUAACACAACGUGCCUUUUGAAGGUACUGGAGUUCCUUCCAGAACUUUUUGACAUGCUGAGGGAUGAGGGCUACACAUUGACUGAAUCAGAAGCUGCUAUAUUUCUACCAUGCUUGAUAGAAAAGUUGGGACAUAAUAUUGAGAAAGUGCGUGAAAAGAUGCGCGAGCUUACCAAACAAAUUAUUCAUGCAUAUUCUGCAGCAAAAACUUUACCUCAUAUUUUGGAGGGUUUGCGGUCUAAAAACAACCGAACACGUAUUGAAUGUGCAGAUCUUGUUGGCUUCUUGAUUGAUCAUCAUGUUGCGGAGAUUAGUGGACAACUAAAAUACCUGCAAAUCGUUGCAAGCUUGACAGCAGAACGAGAUGGUGAAAUUAGGAAAGUUGCUUUAAAUACACUUGCUACUGGUUACAAGAUUCUCGGUGAGGACAUAUGGCGAUACGUUGGAAAGCUCACAGAUGCUCAGAAAAGCAUGUUAGAUGAUAGAUUUAAGUGGAAGGUCCGGGAGAUGGAAAAGAGAAAGGAAGGCCGGCCAGGUGAUGCAAGAGCUGCUUUAAGACGUUCUGUUAGGGAAAAUGGAUCUGAUUUAGCGGAACAAAGUGGGGAAGUUUCGCACGCUGUUUCAGUCUCAGCAUUCCCUAGGAAAAACUACAACCCUCAUGAGCUUAAUAUGGAAAGACAGAUGAUACCCCGUGCAGUUAGUAGUGUCAAUGGGCCUACAGACUGGAAUGAAGCUUUGGAUAUCAUUUCAUUUGGCUCUCCAGAUCAGUCGGUUGAAGGAAUGAAAGUUGUGUGCCAUGAGUUGGCACAGGCUGCCGCUACUGAUCCAGAAGGGAGUGCAAUGGAUGAACUUGUGAAAGAUGCUGACAGACUUGUUUCAUGCUUAGCUAGCAAGGUAGCCAAGACUUUUGAUUUCAGUUUGACUGGAGCUUCAUCAAGGUCUUGUAAAUAUGUGCUAAACACUCUCAUGCAGACAUUUCAAAAUAAAAAUCUAGCUAAUGCUGUCAAAGAGAGCACUCUCGACAGUUUGAUAACAGAGCUUCUACUUUGGUUAUUGGAUGAAAGGGUUCCCCAUAUGGAUGAUGGCAGCCAACUCCUGAAAGCAUUGAACGUGCUGAUGCUUAAGAUUUUGGAUAAUGCAGAUAGAACUUCAUCCUUUGUUGUCCUGAUUAAUCUCCUACGUCCACUAGAUCCCUCAAGAUGGCCUUCACCUGCAUCUAGUGAGACAGUUGCCAUCAGAAAUCAGAAGUUCUCUGAUCUUGUUGUCAAAUGCCUAAUUAAACUUACAAAGGUUCUUCAAAGCACUAUAUAUGAUGUUGAUCUGGACCGCAUCCUUCAAAGCAUCCAUAUAUACCUGCAAGAAUUGGGUAUGGAAGAAAUUAGGAGAAGAGCUGGAGCGGAUGACAAGCCAUUGCGCAUGGUGAAAACUGUUCUACAUGAACUUGUCAAGCUUCGUGGAGCUGCAAUAAAGGGUCACCUUUCAAUGGUUCCAAUAGAUAUGAAACCCCAGCCAAUUAUCCUUGCCUACAUUGAUCUUAACCUUGAGACUUUAGCUGCUGCAAGAAUGUUGACCGCAACUGGGCCAGUGGGCCAAACUCAUUGGGGUGAUUCUGCAGCCAACAACUCAUCAUCUGCUACACAUUCUGCUGAUGCCCAGUUGAAGCAAGAGCUUGCUGCCAUAUUCAAGAAAAUUGGUGACAAACAAACAUGUACGAUUGGCCUAUAUGAACUUUAUCGCAUUACACAACUAUACCCCAAGGUUGAUAUAUUUGCUCAGCUGCAAAAUGCCAGUGAGGCAUUCCGCACUUACAUUAGAGAUGGUUUAGCACAGAUGGAGAAAAAUGCUGCUGCUGGAAGGACGCCUUCUAGCUUGCCAAUUUCAACCCCCCCACCAUCAGCUCUAACCGGUUCAUCCCCAGAAUAUGCCCCACUGUCUCCAGUUCAUACUAACUCUUUAAAUGAUGCAAAGUCAUUGAAUGUGAAAUCUGAACCAACAAACUUUCAUCUACCUCCCCCUUACACUGACGACAACAGAACUGGUAAUGUCAUUACAUCAAGAGGUCUCAUGUCAGGGAAUUCUUUGGGAGACCAAAGAAAUGAGAAAUUUAUAAGUGGAGUACCCAGUGGAACACUAGAUGCAAUUAGAGAAAGGAUGAAGAGUAUGCAGUUAGCUGCCUCUGCAGGAAAUCCAGAUUCUGGAAGUAGGCCAUUUACAAGGGUGAAUGAAAACUUUAACAAUGGAUUCUCUGGUCAGGCUCCCCGUGGAUCAGACUCUAUCGGUGAUGAAAAUCCUGUACAGGGAGGGGUUCUUCCUAUGGACGAGAAGGCAUUAUCAGGGCUUCAAGCUCGGAUGGAGAGACUUAAAAGUGGUGCUAUCGAUCCUCUGUAGAUUAAAGAUGGAUCGAUUGAGCUGCUAUCUAUUGCUACCUUUUACAUGACCAUCUCAUAAGAAGUCAUUUAAAUAGAAGGCAAGUGACAUUGCAGUUAAAUUGGAGAUCCGGCCAACACAGAUGUCUAUUGAUACUCAAAUAUGACAGAUGGACAGAGUACUGGAUUCAUGUUAUACCAAGUUUUGGAGAAGAUGCAUUUGUGUAUUUGUGCAUUUGUGCAUUCGCUUGUAGGCGAUUGUAUAUUAUAGGCAGUUUUUGGCAGAUAUGAGCAAUUCCUUUUUCUAAUUAGCAAAAUUGUAUACAGUCAUUAGGAAAUUUGUUGUAUCCAGAUGGGCUGGUGGAUAAAAUUAUUAUGGCUGCAUUUCGACAUUCGAUUCCCCUUCCAA